AUGCGUCCGACAUAUCGACCGUUUAGGUAUACCGGGAAAACCUUCGAUGGUGCGCGCGGAUUCUCUACUGGCGGAGAACCGCUAGUCACUACUGGAGGGCUUCAUUUCUACCGGAAUAAACAAAUGGAGGUGUAUGCUGCCAAGCCAGCGCACAGGCUUUCAUUAAGACAACUACUUUUCUUCGGUCGGCAAAUGGACCAGGGGCGAAUACUCAAAAGCGCAAACUAUGUGAGAACGGAGCUACCCGUGAGAAUAGCGCAUCGGAUUAGAGACCUGCAAGCACUACCCUACGUGGUGGUGAAACAAGAAUGGGUAGCGAAAGUUUACGAGGCAACUUUACUGGAGCUCCGGAAAUAUCCAGAAAUUCAUACGCAGAAUGAUAACCAAGAGUUUUGCAAGUUCUUGAGAGGAAUUCUUGAUGAGCACGCUCCGGUUAUUCCUUGGAUAUCGUUGGGCCUCUCGCUCUCUUCUCAUCAAAUGGUUCCAGAGCAAUUAGACGCAUUCAUGCGUCGCAUGCUUGUUUCUCGGAUAUCCCGCCGCGUGCUUGCAGAACACCAUCUCGCACUUACCGAGGGACUUGCUCAGGGCGAUAUCCCCCCAGAGAGCCCAGAACGGCCUCAAGGCGCAGACGCCAACUUUGAGACUCUGAACGAUUUACAACCCACAGACCCACCUUCCAAAUCGGACUGGCGAUGGCCAGAAGUGAUCCUCGAUGGCGACCUCGAUACAAAAUUUGCUUAUAUCAAAGAGCAUUUCGAGUAUAUUGUGUUUGAAUUGCUAAAAAAUGCCAUGCGGCAUACCGUUCUACGAAACGGAGGUCUGGGCGAGCCCGCGCCCAUCCGCGCCACGAUCGUGGCAGGUCCCGAUAUCAUGAACGUGCGGAUCUCCGACCAAGGGGGAGGACUCCGAUCGAGCAGUAGCCAAACAGCCCACGACAUGUUCUCGUUCUCGCACGUGCGGAACGCAACGAGAUUACAUGACGAGAGGUUAGGGGCUCUGCGUCAUCUCAGUUCGAGUGGACGAGGGCUAAGAGCGACGGUCGACGAACAAAUCGCAAGAUGGAAUGAAAGCGCCAACAAUCGACCGCUCGUCGGAAGAAUGGGACUCGGAUUGCCAUUGAGCAAUAUCUAUGCGACGUACUUCGGGGGAUCGCUGGAUCUCGUGAGUAUGGAUGGGUGGGGUACAGACGUGUAUCUUAUGCUACCACGUCUCGGCACAAAUCUGGAAGGUCUAGAGGUCUAA